UUGAGUACAUGAUCCUGGCAACGAUUAUCGCCAACUGCAUCGUCUUGGCAUUGGAGCAACAUCUACCCGCUAGUGACAAGACGCCGAUGUCGGAACGCCUGGACGACACAGAGCCCUAUUUUAUUGGAAUAUUCUGCUUCGAGGCUGCCAUUAAGAUUAUCGCCCUGGGCUUCGCGUUUCACAAAGGCUCCUACCUCCGCAACGGCUGGAAUGUAAUGGACUUCGUGGUCGUCCUCACAGGAAUCUUGGCCACAGUGGGUUCAGACUUUGACCUCAGAACUCUGCGAGCCGUGAGAGUGCUGAGGCCCCUAAAACUGGUGUCAGGGAUUCCCAGUCUCCAGGUUGUCUUGAAGUCCAUAAUGAAAGCCAUGGUUCCGCUGCUUCAGAUCGGCUUGCUGCUCUUCUUCGCCAUUGUCAUGUUUGCCAUCAUCGGGGUGGAGUUCUACAUGGGCAAGUUCCAUCAGUCCUGUUUCAAGCCUGGCGCUGAAAGAGUGGUGGACUGGCCGUGUGGUUCUGAGUCACCAGCCAGAACUUGCCCCAACGGCACCGUUUGCCAGGAGUACUGGACCGGACCGAACUUUGGCAUCACCAACUUUGACAACAUCCUGUUUGCAGUGCUGACAGUAUUCCAGUGCAUCACCAUGGAAGGCUGGGUGGACAUCCUCUACAGCACUAAUGAUGCUGUGGGAAACAACUGGAACUGGCUCUAUUUCAUCCCUCUCAUCAUCAUAGGCUCCUUUUUCAUGCUCAACCUGGUGCUCGGUGUCCUGUCGGGAGAAUUUGCCAAAGAGCGAGAACGGGUGGAGAAGAGGCAGGAGUUCCUGAAGCUUCGCCGACAGCAGCAGAUUGAGAGGGAGCUCACCGGAUACCUGGAGUGGAUCUGCAAAGCAGAGGAGGUGUUGCUUGAAGAAGAAGAUGAGAUUGCUGAGGAGAAGUCCCCGCUGGACGGUGCGUGGUACAAGAGAAAACAAAACCUUUCAGUUCUGAAGCGAGGCAAAAUCAAGAAGGAUAAAAAUGAUCUGAUUGGUGCUGAGGAAGGCGAGGAUCCCUUUGCUGACAUGUCCUCUGUUGUUCCCCCUGGCUCUCCGUUUGGUCGGGCCAGUGUGAAAAGCGGUGGGAAGAUGGACAGCUCGACCUACUUCAGACGUAAAGAGAAGCGGUUGCGCUUUUUCAUCCGGCGAAUGGUGAAAGCUCAAAGUUUCUACUGGAUUGUCCUGUGCUUGGUGGGCCUCAACACUCUGUGUGUGGCCAUCGUACACUACGACCAACCUGAGUGGCUGACCAGAGCUCUCUACACAGCAGAGUUGGUGUUUCUGGGCUUGUUUCUAACGGAGAUGACUUUGAAGAUGUAUGGCCUCGGAGCAAGAAACUACUUCCACUCGUCCUUCAACUGCUUUGAUUUUGGGGUUAUUGUGGGAAGUAUUUUUGAGGUCAUUUGGGACAUGAUCAAACCUGGAGCAUCGUUUGGGAUCAGUGUGCUGAGGGCCUUGAGGCUACUCAGGAUUUUCAAAGUUACCAAAUACUGGAACUCGUUGAGAAAUCUCGUUGUAUCCCUCCUCAACUCCAUGAAGUCCAUCAUCAGCUUGCUCUUCCUCCUCUUCCUCUUCAUUGUGGUCUUCGCUCUGCUCGGCAUGCAGCUCUUCGGUGGACAGUUUAACUUUGAAGAUGAGACACCAACAACAAACUUUGAUACCUUCCCAGCAGCGAUCCUCACUGUGUUCCAGAUUCUGACUGGUGAGGACUGGAACGCCGUCAUGUACCAUGGCAUUGAGUCUCAAGGAGGCGUUCGACGGGGAAUGUUUUCCUCCAUCUAUUUCAUCGUCCUCACACUCUUUGGAAACUACACUCUCCUGAAUGUCUUCUUGGCUAUCGCUGUUGAUAACCUCGCCAACGCCCAAGAGCUGACUAAGGAUGAAGAAGAGCAGGAGGAGGCAGCCAAUAAGAAGCUAGCCCUGCAGAAAGCUCUGGAAGUAAAAGAAGUCAGCCCAAUGUCAGCUACUAACAUUUCCAUUGCUGCUUUUGUAAAGCAAAAUCGAGAUGCACUCUCUCGCAGGUCGUCCGUCACCAGCAUUCAGUCACCCAAGGAGCAGCAGCGGUCUGCAAAGACCAUGUCAGUGUGGGAGCAGCGGACCAACCAGCUGAGGAAGCACAACAUGAAGACAAGCACCGAGGCCCUGUUCAAUGAGGUGGAUCCCGAGGAGCAUCUCAGGAUAUCAAGCACCCUCCAUCUGCAUCCCGAUAUGAAGACUCACACUGACCGACCACUUGUUGUGGAGGACAAGAAUGGUGAUCAAACAAGACCUGGAGUGCAGGAGGAGCCAGGAGGGCCCAGACAAGGUGGUGUAAGGGACAGCUUCCACACCCAUCCCAGGAGGCAUUACCACCACCGAGACAGAAAUGGUGAAGAAGGUGAUAGCCAGGGAGGCAGACACCACAGUCAUCACAGCCGGAGCAGAGAACACAAUGCAGAUGGUUCCCAGGAAAAAGAGAGGGGAGGGAAUCAUGAGGGAGGUCAGAGACACCACCACCAAACUGGUUCACCUGAAGAGGAUCCACGGGCAGGAGGAGCAGAGGAAAGAGGGCAUCGCCACCACCGCUCCCGUCGAACUCCGAAAGAGGGAAACAGCCGUUUGACAAAUGAUACACAAGAAGAGGGAAAAGGAAAUGGGGACAGCAAUGGCGAGAAGAAGCUGCAUUCUUCCUGCAUGGCUAAAGCUCAUUCUACUCUGAGUGGUGACGAAUAUAAGGGGAACAAAAAUGGAUUCAAAAGUAACAGGGAUAAACAGGUGGAUACUGAGGAGGACAGCCUUGCUGGCAGUUCUUUACAGCUGAAGCGGAGCAGUUUGACUCCGAGUGAAAAACAAGAAGAUGCUGACAACCAGAAGAACUCCACCAGGGCCAGCCAGGCUGGCCUCAACAGCAACGCUGUCCACAUCCCUGUCACCAUCACUGCCCCACCUAGAGAAACCACCGUCAUAUCUAUGAACAACAUCGAUUGUGACAACUUCCAGCUCAGCGAGGAGAAAAAAGAUCUGGAAGAGGAGGAGGCAGCUAACGGACCUCGGCAGAUCCUUCCCUACAGCUCAAUGUUCAUUUUCGGACAAACAAACCCGGUGCGACGCCUGUGUCACUAUGUGGUCAACCUGCGCUACUUUGAAAUGUGCAUCCUGAUGGUCAUCACCAUGAGCAGCAUCACACUGGCAGCCGAGGACCCGGUGCAGGCCAACGCUCCGCGGAACAACGUUCUCAAAUACCUGGAUUAUGUCUUUACUGGAGUAUUCACGUUUGAGAUGGUGAUAAAGAUGAUCGACCUCGGACUGCUCCUUCACCCCGGCUCUUAUUUCCGUGACCUUUGGAACAUCCUUGAUUUUAUUGUGGUCAGUGGAGCUCUGGUGGCCUUCGCUUGCUCGAGCCUUAUGGGAUCACAACAAAGUGUGGCCAGAGGAACGAAGGGGAAGGACAUCAACACCAUCAAGUCCCUCAGGGUCCUACGAGUCCUGCGGCCUCUGAAGACCAUCAAACGGCUGCCGAAGCUGAAGGCUGUAUUCGACUGUGUUGUGAACUCUCUGAAGAACGUUCUCAACAUCCUCAUCGUUUACAUCCUCUUCAUGUUCAUCUUUGCCGUUAUCGCUGUGCAGCUCUUCAAAGGCAAAUUCUUCUACUGCACCGACGAGUCUAAGGGUCUGGAGAAGGACUGCAGGGGUCAGUUUUUGGAGUAUGAUCGUGAAGAAGUGACGGCUCAGGCCAGAGAGUGGAAGAAGUAUGAGUUUCACUACGAUAAUGUUCUCUGGGCUUUCCUAACGCUCUUUACUGUCUCCACUGGAGAGGGCUGGCCACUGGUCCUGAAGCACUCUGUGGAUGCCACAUAUGAAGAUCAGGGCCCCAGCCCGGGCUUCCGCAUGGAGACGUCCAUCUUCUAUGUGGUCUACUUUGUGGUGUUUCCUUUCUUCUUUGUCAACAUUUUUGUGGCUUUGAUCAUCAUCACCUUCCAGGAGCAAGGAGACAAGGCCAUGUCGGAGUGCAGCUUGGAGAAGAAUGAGAGGGCUUGUAUUGACUUUGCCAUCAACGCCAGGCCGCUUACAAGAUACAUGCCAGAGAACAAGCAGUCCUUCCAGUACAAGAUGUGGAAGUUUGUGGUGUCGUCACCUUUCGAGUACGCCAUCAUGACUUUAAUCGCCCUCAACACAGUCGUGCUGAUGAUGAAGUUCUACGGAGCUCCAGUGGUGUACGAGUCUAUCCUGAAAUACCUCAACAUCGUCUUCACUGGCCUCUUCACACUGGAGUGCAUCCUCAAGAUUAUUGCUUUCAAUCCACUGAACUACCUGAAAGAACCCUGGAAUGUGUUUGACUUUGUGACUGUGAUUGGGAGCAUCACAGACAUUUUGUUCACAGAGAUAAAUACGAACAAGUUGAUAAACCUGAGCUUUCUGAGGCUGUUCAGAGCAGCUCGUCUCAUCAAGCUGCUGCGACAGGGCUACACCAUCCGUAUCCUGCUUUGGACCUUCGUUCAGUCCUUCAAGGCCUUGCCAUAUGUCUGCCUGCUUAUUGCCAUGUUGUUCUUCAUCUAUGCCAUCAUUGGGAUGCAGGUGUUUGGUAACAUCGAGUUAAACGAGGAGACGUCCAUAAAUCACCACAACAACUUCCAGACCUUCUUCCAGGCUCUGACUCUUCUGUUCAGAAGUGCAACAGGCGAGGCGUGGCAUGAGAUCAUGCUGGCUUGCCUCAGUAACCGACCGUGUGAUAAACUCUCAGGAAGUUCAGGGAAGGAGUGUGGCAGUGAUUUCGCCUACUUCUACUUUGUGUCCUUCAUCUUCCUCUGCUCCUUCCUGAUGUUGAAUCUGUUUGUGGCCGUCAUCAUGGACAACUUCGAGUAUCUAACUCGGGACGCCUCCAUCCUCGGGCCUCACCACCUCGAUGAAUUCAUCCGUGUGUGGGCUGAAUAUGACCCCGCUGCCUGUGGGAGGAUUUGCUAUCGGGACAUGUACAAAUUAUUGCGUUUAAUCUCGCCUCCCCUGGGUCUGGGGAAGAAGUGCCCCAACAGGGUGGCCUAUAAGCGAUUGGUGAGAAUGAACAUGCCAAUCGCUGAGGACAACACAGUUCAUUUCACCUCCACGCUGAUGGCUCUGAUCCGCACAGCCCUGGAGAUCAAGCUGGCAUCUGGCGUCCUGGCACAGCGUUUGUGUGAUGCCGACCUGAAGAGGGAGAUCAACCGAGUGUGGCCCAACCUGCAGCAGAAGACCGCCGACCUGCUGGUGACGCCACAUAAGUAUAAUGAGCUGACUGUGGGAAAAGUCUACGCUGCCCACAUGAUCUUUGACUACUACAAACAGAAUCGAGCCAAGAAACUCCAACAGCAGAACCCUUCCGGCAUCUCUCAGAAUAAACUGUGUGCGCUGUUCCGUCCUGUGCUGCCCUUCACUCACCUACACCAGGCAGCGCCACCAAUCAAACCACCUGCCCCACCAGAACCAGAGCCAGAAUCCAAACCAGAAGCCCCACCCAGUACCACCAGUACCACCGUCAACAGUGCCACCAGCCGGGACACAGUGCUGAACAAGAGGAGCAACAUAAAACAUUCCCAGUCUGGAGAUUUUUCCCAGGCGGUUGGGAGGCAUAAAACCCGGAGGAGGCUGCAGAGAGGCCAGUCAGAGGAUGUGCAGUAUUCCUCCAGAGCACAGCACCAGGCUGAUCCAAAGCCGGGGGAGAACAUUUCAGACUCAGAGGGAUAUCCCAGCCUGGAGGGCCAUGCCAGAGCUGCAUCUCUCCCUCGCCUGAAUGCCGAGUACCAUCGGAGCCACCCUCGCCACGCCCCCGGGACCCACCUGGCACCAAUUGUUGACCUCAGCCCAAUUAAACGCUCAGCGUCCUCAUUGACGCCACAGCACUCCCAACAGGAUUUCAGGUUGAGGGAGCACGACCUGGAACGGGUCGAUAAGACCUGGUCCUCUGCUGGACCAGAUCAGGUCCAGGGGCAGGACAGAGCCCACCACCAUCACCACCAUCACCGCUGCCAUCGACGCAGGGAUAAAGACAAAGACAAGAAACAGAAAUCUUUGGAAAAAACGUCCCCGGUGCAGCCGUCCUGCUCAGUCGGCUCAUUUGAAGACCCUUCAGCUGAUGGUUUGUCCAGAGAACGAGCGAGGGAGCGGGACCGCAGCCGCCCCCACGAGAGGAGACACCACUCUUCUGCUGGGGAGAAGCAGCGGUACUACUCCUGCGAUCGUUACGGUGGCAGGGAGCAGUUUCAGGCCAGGUCGGCCGGUCCGAGCCGGUCCACAUCUCCGGGAGACAGCCAGGACUCUGGUCUCAUCAAACAGCAGGGAAUCACUGUGGUGAAGCUGACUUCUGGUACCAACACACAAGGCCGUGGUCGCAGGCAGCUCCCACAGACACCCCUCACACCUCGCCCCGCCGUGGCCUACAAGACUCCCACUUCCUCAGCUCCUCCACUCAGUGCCACUGCCUCUACAACGGGGCCUCAGGCUCGCUUCGGCCGUGGCAUAUCAGAGCACGACCGUCUGCUCCCGGGCCACGAAGAGUCUAAAAUCCCAGUCACCUCCAUUGGUUCGGACUCUAAUUCGAACAGGCAACAGUUGGACUUCUCCCAGCCGGUCCUCCUUGAAGAGGGCGAGGACUUCCAGGACGCUGUGAGCAGCCAUGGUGGGGGACAGCCUUCCAGAAGCGCUGCUCCCACCUCAGCCUCACAGGGAACCGCUGCCACGCCUGGCACUGCAACCAGCACGCAGGGACGGGCAGCGGGAGUGCCGAACGGGUACCACUUCACCCUCGGGUCUGCGUCGGGGCCCGGGAGCAGAGGAACAGCGGGUCUCGGGGAGCGGGAGGAGGAGGACUGGUGCUAGCUGGGCGGAAAGCUUUGGAUAGAUACCUGAAAGCUAAAAAAGUGCUGCUAAGCACUGAUACCGGCCGGGUGCAGGUCGGUCCAGAAGGAAAGUCAGUGGACUGUUCUGUUAAAGGAAUUCACAGGUCAUUCCAGCUUUUUAGUGUUAAUUUGUAACAUCACAACCUCUUUACAGGAAAAAACUACUUUUUCUAUCCCGCUUACUUGCACUGAGAUUAUAGCACACAUGAAGACCCUUAACCUUCUGCCUUGGCUGGUAAAUUCAGAAGAAAUAAGCCAAAAUGUUCUGAAUGAAACUGUCAACCGGGCUUCAGACCAAUCAGAAUGCCUCAUUCCUGAUGUUAUCAUAGCUGCUCACACUGUUUAAUACUUUGUUGUAUUGUUUGUUGGUCACAAAAGUUUUAUCCACUGAAUAGCAUUUCAGAUUUGUUUGUUUAGCUGCUACUUCUGUGUAAUCUUUGCCAAAAAAAGGUUAGGAAAGAUGUUUUCAUUCAGGUCUUAAGAUUCUUCUAGAACGUCUGAUAAAUAUGUAGAAACCAUGAGUAGAAAAAGAGGCAUCAGCCAAUGGGGCAAAAAAUGUGGAAUCUCUUAGAUGAUGUUUAUUUUACUUUAAAGCUGAAAAAAAUCACAUAAAUAAUAAAGAGCUGUUUAAUUUAACAGAUGAUGACUUUUUAAAACAUCUCCAAACAAUUUCAUUACAUUGUUGUAAUUGGUGGCAUAUCUUUUUUCAGAUCAAGGAGGAGAAAUAUAGAAAAUGACCAAAUUUCCAGGAAAAAACGACAAAUUGCCUUUAAUUUACAUUAGUAAAACUUAUACCUGCACAGAUCUAAUUCUUCUAAUGGGUCCACAGUUAAAGGGGAGGGUUUGCAGAUCUUAACGAGCUUAUUUCCAGGAAGCAUGUCCAAGAGAAGGUCAAAUCAACAUGCAGGGCAGCAAAAGAUGCCAGUUUUCCCAGUUGGUUGGACAAAGUGUGAAGGUUGAAAAAGUGAAGCAAGAUCAUUUUAGAUCAGAGAAAGAUGACCUGAGUAAGUAACCUGUUGUUAAUGUUAAAUCCUAAGUUAACUGUAAUUAACCACCUUUUGUGUAAAGCUGAGUUUAAGCCUGAUUGCUGUCUGAGCUUUUGAACCAAGAGAUCACCUAAAUAGAACCUGUUUGACAACAUGAAGUAGGUCAAGAAAUCUUUUUUUCAGAAAUGGCCUCCGUAGGAGAGUGUUCUUGAUUUGACAAACAUCGACUCAUUUGUAUCUGUUUUCCAGCUGCAUGCUGCUUGGAGCUUUCUGUCCUGGUGCUUUGAAGCCUUUCUGGAUGUUUCCAUUUUUACACAUUUUCCAUUUUGUUUGAACUUGCUGCAACUUUUCGACCCAUCAACAGAUCAACAGACAUCUUGUGCUUCCCUCAGUGCUGGUUUACCUUCUAGAGUAAGUUUUCCUUUCCUUUCCAAAGUUUCAGCUGGACGCUGUCUUGUUGGGGUCACAUUUCCUGAAAAUCAAUCCUCUUCUUCGUCUCUUUUAGCUGCAGAAUCAGGCCUGUGCAGGUGUUUGUUGUAGAAAUGCAAAUUAUGGGGUGGUACCAUCAACACUGAUGGAUUGCUUGACUUUUAUGUCAGUAUUUGUGACAUUUCUACAUAUUUUUUGUUAAUUGCCUACGAAGUAAGUCAACCAAUUAUCCUCCAGUUGUCAGAUUCCACAUUUUCUGUCGCGUUUCCAUUUGUAACAUUUUUGUAAUCUGUACAGGAUGUGAAAGGUUUCUGUGCACACAGAACCAGAGGAACUCUUUUCUGGCAUUAAGUGGCCAAAUACCAAGUGCCUCGUUUACCACGACUCGUAAAGGUUUCAGCUUCGCCUCGGCUCAGAAGGACCGAAACAGAGAAAGCAGAGUGACAGUGGCUGGGAAGGAAAAUUUUACUGAACAAAAUUCCUGUUCAGUUUGGAUUUAAAUCCAGAAAUAUACAUUUUCCUUGUACAAUUCUUCUGGUGGUUAUGUUCAAAUUAGUACAAUUAAUUCAGAGUACGUGAUGUAGUGCAUGAUAAGGGUUGUGAAAACGUAGUGUUUUUACUUUGGCUGAAGGGUUUGUGGUAAGCAUUUGCCUUUAUUCUCUCAAAUAAACUGCCAGUCAGCCACAGAAAACGGUCUCUGAAUGGAGAAAAAGUGCCAUUUUUUAAAAUCUCUAUAAAAAAGGAAACAUUUCAGAAACACCUGCCUCCUCCAGCAUGCACCGUAUUUAUCCUCUGCCAUAAAAGCCCAGAUUUUCCGGGCUUUCCUUCUUCUCAUCUCUGAUUUUUAAGGGACCAGUGUGUGAGGGUUUGUUGGCAAAUGGACCUGUAUGUAAACUCACAGGUACUAUAAAAAGUUGUGUUGUUGCAGAUGACUGUUCACAAAGAAAUAAUAUAUUAAAAAGUAGGGCUAUGCAACAGGACGACACUUCAUCUUCCCGUAGCUUUACCCGCUGCAGUCCCCGGGUCCAGGCUUUCGUGAGACUGCGAGCGGAUUUCACGUUUGUGUGUGAAGAGUUGUAAAUUAAACGUGUAUUAUAAGAUGUACAGCUGAGGCAGAAAUGGCAACAAAGUGUGAAGCACCGGGUUUUAUCUUUUGUUUCUAUGUGUGGAGUCGAGUGCACGAUGCCUGCUUUAAAUCAACUGAUCCACAAAUGAAAACUGUGCUGCUGUCACGGCUCAAGAUGGGUUUUAUUCCAGGACGGCUGUGAAAAAGACUCGCAAACCCAGGAAUCUGCACAGGCCUAAAAUUAAAACCCACUCCAGGCUACUACAUGUAGGCUUUGCCCUCAAUCCUUACCUCUUUCCACUGGGCUCAACAUGAUUUCUUUUGAAAAGGUAAGGCUUGCUGUGUGUUAUAUGUUUGCUUUUGUCAAUAAAUUCUGAAAAAAGAA